UAGAGGAGACUGAACACCUCCGAGAGUCAGGUUAGGCUCCACACCAACGUGCAGGAGCAUUAGUCACACCUCAUUAAUUUUCUUCUGGCUUGCUUGGUGACGAAAUUAGGUCGGUAUAAAGGCGGCACCUGCACCGCUGGAGAGCGAGACGAGAGCUGGAGCAAGGUCGAGCCUGGCAAAGAGUCAUCACAGAGAAGAACGACUAAAAACCCCAACUGGAAAAAAAUGCACCCAAAUAUCUCAGUUUGUUGGUUUUCUCUGCUGCUGGUUAAUUUCAUAGGAGCUAAACCCAUUUCUGACAUACAGAGUUUGAAGCAGCUUUUAGAAGAUGAGAUCGACAACAUGCCUUUCUCCUCUGAGGUGGCAGGGUUGGGAGAGAGUGACAGCUCAGACAAGUCUGUGCUUGGAGCUCCAGAGCAGCAGGAGCAGCAGCUGUGGAGCUCAUCCAACCUUCACAACUCUGCGCUGGUGGCUAAAGACAAGGCGCUGGUGCGUUUUCUCAAAGAUUUCCUGAGGACGUCCAAGCGUUCAUGGAGCCGGUACAAGAAGGGGGGCCUGAGGAGCUGCUUCGGGGUCCGUUUAGAGAGGAUUGGCUCCUUCAGUGGACUGGGAUGCUGAGGUCCCUCAGAGCUACACUGGGUCCAGUCGGUUCUGACAGAGAUCUUACCAAGACAUUUAAGCACCGCCACCUCAGUGAUUGUUCUUACAACAUGAAUUUAUUCCCUGUCAUUGUGUUUUUCUAAAUGAAAGCUGCUGAAUUCUUAUUUAUUGUUUGUGUAUUUAUUAUUUAUCUUUUUAUUGCAUUAAGUCAAGUUGCCUUGUGAUAUUCUGUAUUGCAGUAAAAUAAUUAUUUUGCAUAUAAA